AAAUAAAUCAAACACGAUGAGAACCUGGAAAAAGAUUCGGCAGAAAUACGAGAAGAAAGAGCUUUGAAUUACAGGAGAUACGCAAGACAUGACAAGAUUUGGAGUUACGUCGCCAUUAGCCAUUACGAAGUUCAGCUCAAUUGCGCUGCAGUAUAAGCUUUGUUCACCAUUUUUACCGCCGUCAUGGACGUUCGUCUCUAUGACUCGGCGAUUUGUCGGCUCUGUGCAGAAGACAAUGGCAACGGGGAAUUAUUAUACACAGCCAGCGGUGAUGAACCCGAUUUAAGCUCCAUGGUGAAUCGGUACUUGCCACUCAAGAUACGGGACGACGGAAGAUUACCAAGGACAAUAUGUCCAGGAUGCAAUAUUCAGCUAGAAGCCACGGUGCAAUUCUUCGAGUUGCUCGUGGAUGGCCAGAGAAAAAUUCGAGAAAUGUGGAAGCAGCAAGUGGAGCAACAACGCAAGGCAGAAAGAGAUCGGUUGCGAGCAGAAAGAGAAAGUACAGAAAUCGAAUUAGAAACUCCAGAAUUAGAUGGUUUCAAUCAGGAUAAUGAAGAUCAAGGAAUUGAGCAACAAAUAAUUAUCAAAAUUAUGCCUGAUGGAACUUUAUACACUGCUGAGCACGAAAUAAGCUUACAAAUGGAAGGCUUAAGUAAACCUAGAAGAAAAAGAGGUCGGCCGCCUAAAAUACACACUGAAAUAGACAAUAAGAUUCUGAAAGAGGAACUACCAGAAGUGACUAGCCAAGGUGAAGAGGAUAAGCAAGAGGAAGAAAUAGAUGACGUGGAUGGCGACGGUAGACGUCGUCGAAGACGUAAAGUUCCCAAAAGAUUCAUGGAAGCAGUCCAAGGUAAAGAAUUGGAGAGGAUAUUCAAGGAAGAAGGUGUGAUCGACGAAGAAGAUGAUGACAAUCAAGAAGAGGAUUAUGAUGAUACUGAGGAACGCCUAAAUGUUCCAACUCCUGAUGGUCAUGAAGAAAUUAUUGGGCAUUUGGAAACUCAGGAAGGCAAGGACUUGGGUGAACUAGUCAUUGUAAAUCGUGGCCGUGGCCGAGGGCGACCUAAACUACGGCGACGUAAAAAUAAAUUUACGUGCAACCUCUGUGGCCGAGGUUUUCUACAGCGUAGCAGAUACAUUAUGCAUAAGAGUUUCCAUAAAAGUGUGAAGUAUGAGUGUAGCCAAUGCAAGAAGCAGUUUAGUAAUAGGGACAAUUUUGCUCUUCAUCAAAGAACUGCAGGACACAGUGGAGAAGGUAUAAUAAACAUUGAAGAAAACGAAACAAAUGUUCGGGAUGUGUCGAUAAAAAAUAUUAUCGAUGAAGUUGGCCCUAUUGAACCUGCCAUCCCUGCAGAGAAACGAGUAUCUGACAAUAUCACCGUGCAAGAGACACCUGCCAUUGACGAGCAAAAUAGUCCAAAAGAGCACAUCGAAUGUGAACAAUGUCAAAAGCAUUUUCAAUCUAAGCAAAAUUACGAGACGCACAUAAAAGUUGUUCAUCACGAUGAAAAACCAUUUACGUGCAAUAUUUGUAAUAAAACGUUUGCUUAUCUCACGAGUCUUAAGGGUCACAUGCUAACACACGAGACGUUAAAUCCUCAGGGAAACAAGUCGGAUAAAGGUUUUCCUUGUGAUAUAUGCGGUAAAGUGUUGAAUCACCCAAGUUCAGUAGUCUAUCACAAAGAAGCUGAACACAACAAUGGUCGGAGAUUCGUAUGUAACAAAUGCGGAAAGAGUUUCAAGCACAAACAACUCUUACAGCGACAUCAGUUGGUCCAUUCAGACGACCGACCUUACAUAUGCAAGUCCUGCGGCGCAAGCUUCAAAACUAAGGCGAAUUUAAUAAACCAUCAGUCGACACAUACCGGCGAGAAAAAAUAUUUCUGUGAAAUUUGUGGGCAGCAAUUCGCGCACAAAACAAGUCUCACGUUACAUUAUAGAUGGCACACUGGUCACAAGCCGUACACUUGUGAAGUGUGUCAAAAAAGUUUCUCCCAAAAUGGUAAUCUCCAAGAGCACAUGCGAAUUCACACUGGUGAGAAACCAUACUGUUGUGAUUAUUGCGGCCGAAAAUUUACAACUUCCUCGCAAUUCAAAUUACACGUCAAAAGACAUACUGGUGAGCGGCCGUGGAAGUGUGAGUUUUGUGCCAAAUGUUUUUUGCACAAGGACACUUGGAAGUGUCAUGUGCGAAGACACAAGGGUGAACGGCCAUUCCAGUGUGCUCAUUGUAAUCGGGGAUUCACCGAACAAUGGGCUCUUAAGAAACACCUUCGAUUGCAUACAGGAGAGAAACCAUACUCCUGUGACGUUUGCGGAAAAGCAUUCGCAGACUGUUCGAAUUUGACGAAACAUAAAAAAGUACACAGGGACAAUAAAAUGAUAGGAAUGGGCGAGUUGGCGGAAGGUUCCGCCAUUGGCGAAGUCUGGCAAAUUUUGCCAGGAUCUCAGGAAGGAGAUGAAAAUUCACUCGGGGAUCACAUGGCUCAACUAAUUGCCGCCGAUGAAGGUUCCGGUGAUGGUACUCCACAAAUUAUAUAUGUCUCUUAUCAAGAUCCUGACAAUCCUAAUCAAUCUAGGACCCUGCAUUUCGUGGAUGCUGGUAUUAUGGAGGACAAGGAAGAAAUUUCAGCAACCACCGGCCAAUCAUUGCCAUCCUUGGAUGCGGAUGAUGGGGAAAUCGUACCGGAACAGCCGCAACAGAGACGAAGCCAUGAGAAUUCUCAAGAGAGAAUGGAUAUGGAACUCUCAGAAUCCGAUCUACAGCUUCAGAUCACCGAUGAGGAAGGCAAUCCCAUUCCAUUGUCUAUUCAAGAUGCGCGGCAGUUACUCUCACAGGGACAAUUUGUUAGUCAACUGAAUGACGGACAAACCAUUAGAGUGCAUUCUGGUGUUGUAUCGCAAGAAUUAGCAGAACAAUUGAAUGUUCAAGUACACCAGCCAAUUGGAAUAGAAGGAAUAGGUCAAGGCACUACUGAAGAAACGAAAUGUCCUCCUUCAGCAACUACUUCCCAGACCGAUGCGGAAGCCAUCGUCAAAGCACUUGAGGAUGAAGAUACGGAUGCUACUGCUGUAGCUGUAGUAAAUCAAAUGGGAUCAGAAGAGCAAGAAGAAAUAAUGAAUGAGGAACAGACAAUUGAGUUCACCACUCAGGAUGGUCAGAAAGUGCGACUCGUAACGUCUUAUCACGUGGAUCCAUUGCAGCUUGCGUCCGAGUACCUGACUAUCGUUUAGGAUCAAUUGAUUUGUAAAUUUCUGUUACCAAAAAGGUGACUAUGACGAAAAAAGAAAUCUCAAAUGAGAAGAACGGGAGAGAGCUUGUAAUAAAUUAACGAAAUAAGUUAGGAAUAAAAUAUUGAAAGUGA